ACGUGCUUUACGCCUCAGGCACCAACGAGACCAGUGCGCACGACUCCGCGCUUGAAGGCCCCUUUUGCAGCAGUUGCUGUGAGUGCCGUAAAGCGGAGUUGCCGCCGCAGUUGGCUGAGAAAUCUUGUUCACAGAAAACAAGAUUAUCUUUUUACCCCAAAAGAUGAAACCAACUGGGUUACUUUCAAAAGACAACCAAGUGAGCACUGCAAACUGAUGAGUAGAAUCAGUAAGAACGUGAUUUUGGUGGUUUUAACUUUGACAAGUUCUGCAUUUCUGCUAUUUCAGUUGUACUACUACAAGCACUAUUUAUCAGCAAAGAAUGGAUCUGGUUUAUCAAAAUCCAAAGGAAGCCGAAUUGGAUUUGAUGGCACACAGUGGCGUGCAGUUAAAAAAUUUAUUAUGCUAACAUCCAGUCAAAAUGUACCCGUGUUCCUUAUUGAUCCUUUGAUUCUGGAAUUGAUUAAUAAAAACUUUGAACAAGUCAAGAAUACUUCUCAUGCCUCCUCCACUUCAGAAUGCAAGUUUUUCUGUGUUCCAAGAGACUUUACUACAUUUGCACUAAAGUAUCAACUAUGGAAGAAUGAGGAAGGCUGGUUUCGGAUAGCUGAAAAUAUGGGAUUUCAGUGCCUAAAGAUCGAGAGCAAGGACCCCCGGCUGGAUUGGAUAGACUCACUUUCUGGAACUGAAAUCCCCCUGCACUACAUCUGCAAAUUGGCCAGUCAUGCCAUCCACUUGGUGGUCUUUCAUGAGAGGAGUGGCAACUACCUCUGGCAUGGCCAUCUACGGCUGAAAGGACACGUCGACAGGAAGUUUGUUCCUUUUCGAAAGUUACAGUUUGGUCGUUAUCCUGGAGCUUUUGACAGGCCAGAGUUACAACAAAUUACUGUUGAUGGAUUAGAUGUUCUCAUUCCAAAAGAUCCAAUGCACUUUCUAGAAGAAAUACCACACUCUAGAUUUAUUGAGUGUAGGUAUAAAGAAGCUCGAGCAUUCUUUCAGCAAUACCUUGAUGAUAACACUGUGGAAGCUAUGACCUUUCAGAAGCGUGCAAAGGAAUUGUUGCAUCUAGCAGCCAAAACAUUAAAGAAGUUGGGAGUACGGUUCUGGCUGAGCAGUGGAACUUGUCUAGGAUGGUUUCGGCAAUGCAGCAUUAUUCCAUAUAGUAAAGAUGUUGACCUAGGAAUUUUUAUACAGGAUUACAAAUCUGAUAUUAUUUCAGCAUUUCAAGAUGCAGGACUCCCACUCAAACACAAAUUUGGGAAGGUAGAAGACAGCUUGGAAUUGUCUUUCCAAGGAAAAGAUGAUGUAAAACUUGACAUUUUUUUCUUCUAUGAAGAGACUGACCAUAUGUGGAAUGGAGGCACUCAGGCCAAAACAGGAAAAAAGUUUAAAUACCUGUUUCCCAAGUUUACACUGUGCUGGACUGAGUUUGUAGACACAAAGUUUCGUGUGCCCUGUGAAACCGUCGAAUAUAUCGAAGCCAACUAUGGUAAGACCUGGAAGAUUCCUAUAAAGACAUGGGACUGGAAGCGUUCUCCCCCCAACGUGCAGCCCAAUGGAGUCUGGCCUGUUUCUGAGUGGGAUGAAGUUAUCCAAUUGUACUGAGACAGUAGGUCAAAAUGGUAUUAAUAGAAUUCCCCUCCUGCACAAAAGGGAGAUGACUGUUUAAAAAGAUACAUGUCAAACGUAAGUAGGAACCAAAGAAAUAUGAGAAGUUUGAAGAUACAGAGAGUCCUAACUCCUGAGCCAUCUGAUAUAAUUCUCUCAUCUGACAUUUAUUAGAGUCUCCAUGUGCCAGGUGCAAUACUAGGUUACAGUGGCGAGGCAGACAUGAGUGAGACAGAUGCUGCCUCUUUUCACCCUCCCUUUGUUAAGCAACCCAGUUCCUUUGAGGGAAACCCCCUCACCCUUUGAAGAAUAUUACUUAUAUAGAAUACGAUAUGUUCUAUAAGUGCUUUCAGAAUGUUAAAUAAUGUUUGUACUGGAAGGUGGGCUUACCAGGUGCAAUUAAGGAAGGGUAUAUACCAGUAAAAAGGAAUAAGUCCUUUAAGCCUGUAUGUUAGGGCUACUUUUAAGGUUGUGGAGGCUGAGUUAAUAGUCAAGUGGUCAGAUUUCAAGUGAUGUCAAGAAAAGAUGUGAGGCGAUUCCUUUUACAAGCAACCUGAUGUGGAAUUGAUUUAGAGCACAGGGCAUCAUCUAAGAAAACGACAGUUUAUUUCUAGUCUUGUUAAAGAUAUGUAAAUUUCCAUACACCUUCUAUUUUCAUAUUUGAAGUGAAAAGAAAGCUUGUGUGUGUGUGAUGCUUCAAUUUCCAGCCAUUGUGAGAAUAUUUUCAUUGACCUAAUACUACUCGUUUGACAAAUCAUUCAAGUGAGACUAUGCUACCAGACAUGAUUUCAAAAGGGCUGUGAUUUCAUAAAACUUAUUUUCCUUAUUUCAUUCUCAAUCAAUAGGUAAAAUAUGAGCGAUUCAUGGUCACUUAAUAUUUUAUGAAUUUGUAAUCCUUAUAAAUCCCAAUUUUAAUGUUAACCCUAAAAUAUUAAUAGACAUACCUCUACUUUUUCUAAAUGUACCCCUUAUUGUAUUUAUUCAUCAAUUAUAGUUCCAUAUCUU